AUGGGGGUGGCAGGCACCGAGCUGCCCGGCGGGAACGUCAGCGCUAACCAGAGCGCCGCUGACCCCACGCUGUCGCGGGAUGUGUGGAUGGUGGGCAUGGGGAUCCUGAUGUCGGUGAUCGUGCUGGCCAUCGUCUUCGGCAACGUGCUGGUGAUCACUGCCAUCGCCCGCUUCCAGCGCCUGCAGACUGUCACCAACUUGUUCAUCACCUCGCUGGCCUGCGCUGACCUGGUGAUGGGGCUGGCCGUGGUGCCCUUCGGCGCCAGCCACAUCAUCAUGGAGAUGUGGAAGUUUGGGAACUUCUGGUGUGAGUUCUGGACCUCCCUGGACGUGCUCUGUGUCACGGCCAGCAUUGAGACCCUCUGCGUCAUUGCUGUGGACCGGUACUUUGCCAUCACCUCCCCUUUCAAAUACCAGAGCCUGCUGACCAAGAGCAAGGCACGCGUGGUCAUCCUCGUGGUGUGGGUGGUCUCAGCCCUCACCUCCUUCUUGCCCAUCCAAAUGCACUGGUACCGGGCAGACCGCGUGGAGGCCAUCCUAUGCUACGAGAGGGACACGUGUUGCGACUUCUUCACCAACCAAGCCUAUGCCAUUGCCUCCUCCAUCAUCUCCUUCUACCUACCACUCGUGGUCAUGGUAUUCGUGUAUGCCAGGGUCUUCCAGGUGGCCAAGAAGCAGUUGCAGAAGAUAGACAGGAGCGAGGGGAGGUUUCACAACCAGAACAAGGAGCAGGAGCAGAAAGGGGGAGCUGGGCACCGCCGUUGCUCCAAGUUCUUUUUGAAGGAGCACAAGGCCCUCAAGACUCUGGGCAUCAUCAUGGGCACCUUUACGCUGUGCUGGCUGCCCUUCUUCAUCGUCAACAUCGUGCACGUCAUCCAGGACGACAUCAUACCCAAGUACGUGUACAUCCUCUUGAACUGGCUGGGCUAUAUCAACUCUGCCUUCAACCCUUUGAUCUACUGCCGGAGCCCGGACUUCAGGUACGCCUUCCAGGAGCUCCUGUGCCUCCGCAGGUCUGCCCUGAAGAUGUAUGCCAACGGCUACUCCAACAGCAACGGCAAGAGCGACUACAACGAGGAGGACAACGGCUACCCCCUGGCACCGGAUAAAACCUGCGAGUUGCUCUGCGAAGAGGGCUCCUUCCCUCACCCCGAGGACUUUUUGCACUGCAAAGGUACUGUGCCUAGCGGGUAG